AUGAAACGUCCACCUCGCAAACGAGGUGGAUACACUGGCAAAUGGUAUGGACGUGAAUUCCAUGGUUCUGAUCCAGCACUGGAUUGCGAUUUAUCAUUUUUCGAAAAGGUAAACGUAAGAGGACGUGUGACUGGCUCGCGUCGGAAA